AUGAGUAUAGAGGUUCCACCACUACGAUUUCUCAAGCAAUUGCAAAAUUUUAAAAACUUAAAAAAAGGGUUUGAAGUUGUUUACUCUAACCAUGGAGAAAAACCAUUAAAUCAGAACAUUUCAAGACUUUGCAUCUUAGAUUCAUCAUUUAAUCCACCCACAAAAGGUCAUCUCACACUCGUUUCAAAAACCAUUGACUACUACACACAAGAUCAGAAGACCUCAAUUGAUGACAUACAUGUUGUUUUACUUCUGGCAAUCAAUAAUGCGGACAAAUUACCUAAACCAGCACAAUUUGAAUCAAGAUUAGAUAUGAUGGCAUUAUUUGCAGAUCACAUUCAACAAAAAUUUGAAGUACCAGUCACAGUUGCACUCACAGAGUAUCCAAAAUUUAUCGAUAAGGCAAAAGCUCUUGAAACAUGGGUAGAUAGUUGGGUACCUGAUAUGUCAAAAGUUAGAUUUGCAUUCCUUGUUGGAUUUGAUACAUUGAUCAGAAUUUUCAAUCCUAAAUAUUAUACAGCACUUCCAAUAUCCCAAGCUUUAAAUGAGUUCAUACAAAGAAAUGAUACUUUUUGCCUAACGAGAUCUGAUGAAGCUAACGAAAGCAUUACAGAUCAAUUCAAGUAUGUUCAAGAUAUCGCAGACGGCAAAACAGAUUUACCAACUUCAUGGGCCGACAAGAUACACUUGAUGGAGAAUGACCCAGAUGCACUAGCUAUAUCAUCAUCAGAAGUAAGAGACGGUGUAGAAAAGGCAGAUGAUGAUUGGAAAACACAUGUUACGGACGAAGUUGCUCGUUACAUUAUCAAUGAAAAAGUUUAUUGA